CACAAAUAUCUGUAAAUGAGGGGUGGAAAAAAACAUAAUGACUCUCGGUUAAAACGGUAAAAUGGUAUACAUAGAAAAAACAUUUUCAGACCUGUUGUCAUGGUCACUAGUUAUUCCGUCUUGUAGGUGGAAUAUGAACAGGAAGCAAGAGGCGCUGUGCAUGUGGCUCUGAAGGAAUUGUUGCUAUAUUUAGGGAGCAGACCGGGCACAAUAGCAGAACUGCAGCAGUGCAGCAGCAAUGCAACGGGUAGUGCAAGCGUGCAGACCGCGCAGAACUGCUCGAGCUAAUGAUGCGCUCGGAGGGUUCUAGCUCGUACGUGUUGAGUGUAAGCAGCACCAAGAGGAUUUGAAGUGGCUGAUGCAGAAACAAAGCUAGUUUUUUAAAGAAGAGAAAUUCCGUCAUGUCCAAAACAUACAAAGCCAUUCUAAUAUCAAAUCUAUUUGACUUCAAUAUAUUGUCAAUCAGUUCGGGGCAUUAUAUGUUCCUGUUAAAUUGUGUGGGCAAAUCCUUCCAUGAACAGGGAGGUACAGAGGAACACAGCGAUAAGUUUAACCAGGUGAAAAAAUGGAAGUUGCCGUCCUAGAAGAGCCUCAGAAGAAGAUUUUCCGCGCUCGAAAAACCAUGAAGAUGAGUGACCGUCAGCAGCUGGAGGUGCUGCACAACACCUUGGUGACUGCGCACCCGAACUCAUCUUCACAACCCCAGACACCACUGGUGAACGGAACGCACGGGGAGGACGGACAGAAGGGGAAAGAGAAGGACCAGGAGACUGGGACAAAGUCUCCUGCCUCGCCCUCGUCGCGUUCUUCCCCAGUACCGUCACGCUCGCUCUCACUCUCUCGAUCGCCUUCUCCGGCUGAAAAUCGAAACCCCUCACCUUCUCUGAAGAAAGGCUCCGAGAAGGGCAAAGGUGAAGAGAAAAAAGGAGAGAAAGACAGGAAGGAUGAUAAGAAGGCUGAAGAAGUCAAAGCCGACAAAACAGAAACUACCAAAUCUGCACGCACCGGUUCUCCGUCAGUCUCUGACAAGAAGACAGAGCAGAAAAAGACUCCUUCAGAUCAAGUGUUGAACGGUGAGCUGCCCAUGGACGCAGACAGCACUUCCCUUGACAACGGUUCAGCGGAGGAGAAAAGCAGUAAGAGCAUCUCCUCCUCGUCUCCUUCAGGCUCUCCAGCCGCCAGCCUGGAGUGUGACCCGGAAGUGAAAGAGGGCUUUCUCUGCCUCAGUGAGGAAGAUGAGGGUCAGGGAGAGCAAGAUGAGGCAAAAGACAGAAACGAGGAGAAGAUGGAUGUGGAUCCUGAGAAAGAGGAGAAGAAAGAGGGAGAGAAAGGGUGUAAUGUGGCAGAUGGCACAGGCACCAGCACUCCUUCUGGGAAAAAGAGAUCCUUGUCACCAGUUGAGGGGAAAGACGGAUGGAAAGAUGGGGAGAUUAAAGAGGACCGAGAUGGAAAGAGAGCAAGGGUGGAGGGAGUGCAGUUGGAGGCUCAGCUGGAGCUGAAGAUCACCGCCAAUGCAGGGAGCCGUCUGAAAUUGGAAAAGGUGGUGCAGCAGUUGGUGGAGGAGCGCUUGCGUGUGCUGCAGCUGACCGUGUUUGACCACAGUCUACAAGAACUGAAGGACCGAAUGGAGAAGAUUGAUGCUGCCACCAAACAGCAGAAAACAGUUCAACAUACCCUACAGAGCAAGAUUGCACGACUUACCAAGAAGUUUGGAGCUGCUAACCAGGCAUCGGAGAAUUCCAAAAAAGCUCAAGAGGCUGCUGCUGUCACUGCUGCUAAGCCAACUCCCACACCUAUGACAACCCCAACAACACAACGCACUGUAAGGACCACGCUGGACCCAAAGUUGUCUAAUCCUUCUGCAUCAUCCAGCUCUAGUGCUACCCCGACUCAGCCCAAACCUCACUCCACUCCAAGUACGCCCACCUCCUCGGCGCUGGCUGCCCCUGCGCCCAUCCUCCAGCUCAUAACCACAACAACAAACUCGACACCCUCCUCUUCCAGCUCUUCUCUGAGUGGCCAGGCCCAGACAGGCACUCUACUGCUGCAGCCCCGCGCGAACACAGGUGCCAUGACGACUAGCACAGCCACAUCAGCUGGCCAACCGAUGUCCAUCCAACCUUUGCUGAUCCAGCUUCCACUGGCUAUGGCUAAUGGCCAGGGUGGGGCCCUAGCUGGAGGAGUAGGCCUGAUCCCUGUGUCCUCCUUGGGCACCGUUAACAGCCUUAGCAAGGCCAAGACCACUACAGCCACCACAUUUAUUUUGCAGAAAACGGCAGGAAGCGUUGUGACUUCCUCCUCUGCUGCUCCCUCUUCCUUGGCCUCCUCAGCGUCUUCAGCGGUGACACAAAUGCCACCAAGUAGGCCAGUGUAUCAGGGUGGUACGGGCACAGCAAACUCUCCUAACGCUGGCAUCUCUGUGACGACGGCCCGCGCCCCUACACAGUGUGCCACCGUGGUUGGAAUGGCCACUGCUUCAUCGUCCCCGGCUACCACGGGGCCUGCUGCGACAGGCUCAGCAGCAGCCUCAGUUGGUCCACCAUCAGCAUCUGAAAUGGCAUCUAAAACAGAUAAUCAAUCCACCCAUUCUGCUCCAGCCAAAUCACCUGCUCAGCCUGCUCGUCCCAGGGGCUCAGUGAUUGACCUAACUGAGGAUGAUGAUGACGUCCAAGUUACUGGUGUGCAGAAGGCCACUGCUCCUGCCAUUCCCACCAAUACCCAGCGACCCCAAGGGCCACCACCAUCACUAGUGAGCUCCACAUCUGUUGGUCGCUCUGCAGCACAGCAUCGAGCCUCAGUGCGUUCAAGUGCAGGGCGUGAUGGGAAGGCCUACAGGAUAGUGGAGCAUAUACCACCCGAGUCAAGUGAGGAUGAUGUCAGUGCCAGUGAUGAUGAAUGGCUGCCAGAAAAACAAGGAGGAUCAGGAUUAGCCAAUGCUAGCAGUAGUGACAGUGGAUCUGAGGACUCUGAAGGAACUAUGGGUGGUGAGGUUGCUGAAGAUGUUGAGGGAGCUGAGGAUGUACCACCAGACAGAGCUCAGGGACAGAAAAGAAUCAGAAAUGUCUGGAAAGCCAAGGACAACCAGUUUGAGGGCAACCUGCCUCGUUUUCUAGGGGAGUGGAAGGUGAAUGUUGAGGGAACCGAGCCAAUAGAUUUCUUUAUUCAUCUAUUUCCUGAAGAUCUGUUGGAUGAAAUUGUGCACAAUACCAACCUGUAUGCACUCCAACAUGGAAAAGGAAAUCUGGCCCUGACAACAGGAGAACUGCAAAUUUUCCUGGGAAUAAAUAUGGUCAUGUCAUACGUCCGACAUCCACGAACAAGAAUGUACUGGUCAUCGCAGGCAGGUCUUCGUCUUGAUUUGAUAGCAGAUGCUAUGCCAGUGAACAGAUUUGAGGAGAUUCUGAGGUACCUUCACUUUGUUGAUGACCAUUCACAGGAGCCAGGAAAUACUGACAAGCUGUUCAAAAUUAGACCAGUGUUAAAUGCACUUGAGCAAACAUUCCGUUCAGCAGUCGACCCUGAAGAAUUUCAAUCUAUUGAUGAACAGAUUAUUCCUUUCAUGGGCCAGCAGUACAUCCCCAAAAAAACAAAACCCUGGGGUCUGAAAGUGUGGGUAAGAGCAGGGACCUCUGGAUACAUGUACAGAUUCAAAGUGCAUCAGGGCUUAGCGGGGCGUGGUCAGGUCAGUGAAAUGGGGAUGGCUGCAGACGUAGUCAUGCGUCUCUGCGAUGACAUACAGCGAAAGAAUCACAAGGUGUUUUUUGACGAUUUCUUUUGCACUGUUCCACUUAUUCAGGCAUUGCUACAACAGGGUAUCUACGCCACUGGAACAUGCAGAAUCAACAGACUCCAGGGAGCACAACUGAAAUUGAAGACUGAACAGCAACUCAAAACCGAGGGAAGAGGCGCUUGCUCGGUCAUCAGCAAUGCUGACAAUAUCACUGUUACACGCUGGUUUGACGGUUCAGUGAUGCACAUGGCCUCCUCUUGUGCCGGACAGUCCCCUUCAGAUUUAGCUCAGAGAUGGAGCAAGAAAGAGAGAAAAAUGCUCAACAUCCAAAGGCCAUUUUCGGUUCAGCUGUACAAACAGCAUAUGGGUGGAUUGGAUCUCCUGGAUCAGUGUGUUGCAAUGUAUCCCCAUAGGCGCAAAAACAAGCGGUGGUACAUCAGAGUGUUCUUUCACUUCUUGGAUGUGACUAUUGUGAAUGCCUGGCACCUUUACAGAAUGUCUGGGUUGGAAAAGAGGGAUCUCCUUCAUUUCAAGGCAUCGGUAGCUUGUUCACUAAUAAAUGCAGGUUCUAUCAAGACACCCACAAGAGGAAGACCAAGUGACACGCCACCUCCAGUGAAACGGAGAGCAGUAUCCAGGCCGCCCCCUGAAAUCAGGUUUGGCCCUGGCAAACACUGGCCUCUUCUCACCGAAGAUAAAAAUGCCAACAGAUGCCACGAUGCUGCAUGCACACGAAAAACAAAGUAUGUUUGCAUGCAGUGUCUUGUAGCUGUGUGCCCUGGAUGCUUUGCCAAUUUUCAUACAAGAUCGAUGGGUAAUGGACAUGAGAAGGGUGUGGUGACGAGAGGACGACGGACUCGCCAUCUAAAUCACGCACAAGCUCCUCGACUUCCCUUCCUCCGUUGCCAUUAGCCCCGGCCCCACCAGCUCGCCUGCCCCCAGAAGCAGUGCACACAUCUCCUCCUCAGCAGCCUCAGCUGAAGCUCGCACGUGUGCAGAGCCAGAACGGCAUUGUCCUGUCGUGGUGCGUAUCUGAGACUGAGCGAAACUGCGCAC